AUGGUCUUUUAUGACACCCCAGGGAACCGUGCCGAUGCGGGCGCUGAUGACGGUGAGGAUGAGGGCCCGCAGGAUGAUGCCAACGCCUUCACGGGCGGAGUUGUAGUUGAUGAUGGCGGUGAUAUGGAAGCGCCAUCUGGCGAUGACACGCACCAUGAGCCGGUCGAUGAGGUCUACGAAGCUGCACGAUCCCGCCAGCGUCCCGUCGAUGAUGUCAGUCAGGCGGCCCCGGCAUCACCUGCUAUCACCACGCCUGGAGGCCGCGGCCCUAGUGUCACUUGUAAUGCUCUGCGUGCACCGCAGGCUCCGGCGCCUCCGGUUGACGCGGCGCUAGCGGCCCGUCUGCGCGCUCGUGAGCAAGAGAUUGUCGACCUUAAUAUCCGCCUUCGAAACGCUGAAGCUCGUCGCACGCCCUCGCACGCGCAGCCUGUCGCUGAUGCCUCGGCGGGCCCUGCACCGAGUACCAGGAGGGCAGCCCAGCGCAGUGACGCAGCGCCAACAGUGGCGCAGCCGGCAGCUGAAGACGGACCUGCCGUUCCUCGCACUCCGUUUGUCGCUCGCGUGUUAGCCCGGGAGACGUCCUCGCACUGUCGGGACAAGGCACCUACCCCCGCACUCCUGCUCUGGGCUGAGCGUCUUGAGAAGGCGAAUCUCGUUAUCCCGGGCUUUGACAACGGGAUGAAGCUUCACGUGUGGCACCGGGAGAACGGGCUCCCCUUCGCCACCGCCAUUUUCGAGCGCAGCAUCUACGCGUCGUUUCGACGCCCUUUCCCACCGCAGCUCGUGCUCUGCACUUAUGCGGUGGUGUUCUGGCUUUAUGGGGUUGAGUAUCCCCUGAUCAACGGCAGCCAGAUGCCGCGCUCUGCACCCCAGAACGCUGAAGACGUGCGCUGGUACCUGGAUCGAGUGAACUCCUGGGCCCGCGAGGCGAUUCGCAACCAAGGCGCCGUCAUUGGCCCAUGGUGGGACGCUGCACAUCGUGCGUGGGCCUUCCGCCGGGGCAGUAAUGUUCUGAUUUCCGAGGACGGAUUCGAGGACCUUUCCCCAACAAUGCCACCCAACGUCCCUGCUCAGGGUCCUGGCGAUGAUGACGGCGAUGCGUGA